AACGGAAUUAAUGCAACGCGGCCCUGAAAAGCCUUCGCCGUCUCUUGGUCAAGAGACUUGAAUGUCCGUCCCCCUGACGUGUCGAAGGAGGACUGAACUGUUUUCAAUACCCUCGCUUGCCCCGCGGCCUCCCCUAUCUCUUUUUAUGGUAUACUCCUCUUGGUGCUCCACUCAAAGUCUUCCGGCGGGAAAAGUUUCGCCGCCGUGGAGGUGCCCAACGGAGAGCUGGAUCCGGCGGGAGUCAGUGAGAAGCUUGUUGGGGUUUGGGGGCUUUAUGGCGCUGCCAGGAGGAAAUAAAGAUAACAUUAGGGCCGGGUGCAAGAAAUGUGGCUAUCCUGGCCACCUUACAUUUGAAUGCCGAAACUUUCUCCGUGUAGACCCAAAAAGAGAUAUCGUUUUAGAUGUCAGCAGUACAAGCAGUGAAGACAGUGAAGAGGAGGAGCUGAGUAAGCUACAGGCUGUACCAGAGAAGAAAAGUGUUGCUGAGGAAGAAGAAAAGAAAAGGGCCAAGAAGAAAAGCAAAGAAAAAUCAAAACUGAAGAAAGGAAGGAAAAGAUCUUAUUCAUCGAGUGCCACAGAAGAGGAAGAGACCAAGUCAAAGAAACAGAAGUACCAUAAGAAGGAAAAGAAGGAGAAAAAGAAUAAAUCCAAGAAAAGAAAACAUCACAAAAAGGAGAAGAAAAAGAGGAAGAAAAGAAGAGACUCCUCUUCUGAUAGUACAGACUCUUCUAGCAGUGACUGAGAAGCAAAUCUAUGAUGAUUUUGUGGUUUUGUUGUAAUUAUGGGUUGGAUCCAUUUGGAGAGCUGGCAGAGCAGAUCUCUUCCUCUUCCCCAUGAAGCCUGCCAUUUGUCCUGAAACUCAUCAGAAGAACCUGACCAGCAAACUGUGCCACAAGAAAGGACAUUACAAGAACCGAAGAUAAUUUGAUAUGAUUGCCUCUUUCUCCCUCUUCUGCUGGCUCUCACGAGUGGAGAUGAUUUCAUCCAAUUUCCCCCAGUCAACACAGCACUCAUCCUGAGGCAUUUUGGGACAAAUGGCAGGAGCAGGGGAAGACAAAAGUGUGUAAAGAUCUGCUCUGCCAGCUCCUUUUGCUGCAUCAGAACUUAUGUUUAGAUCUCUAUGAAGCUGUCCAGUUAAUAUAUAUAUAUAUAUAUUUUUACUCAAAUACCCAUCUCUGUUUUUUAUAGAAAUUUACAAAUUUCCCCCUGUGCAUUAUGGUUGUUCAGUUCCUACUUUGUGUGUAAAAAGGAAGCUCUUAUGGGUUCUGCUGGAAUAUCUGCCUUCUGUUCAUAAACAAGAGAUAACAACAUACCACUAGUAAAUUCAUAAAUGGGAUAUAACACAAUGCAUCACUAGUGAAUUCACAGUUGUAGAAUGUAAAGAAAACAGCCCAGUGGAAACUGAUGACUGUUAUAAAACUUUUAACACAGACAUUAAUUACGCAAUAAAAAAUGAUACAGGCUA